GAAAAAAAAUUAAAAACCCUCACAAUUUUUUCACGAAAAUUUUAUUUUUUUCACAGUUUUUGGAAAUACUUCAAUUUGUUUCCGUUUCUUCUCUGGAAAAGUUUCCAACUGUUUCCAGGGAAAUUUAGGACUUUAAAAACCCCAGUCCCACUGCUUUAUUCCUCCGCUACCUGUAGUCGUCGUUGUACUUUCCCGCGCGUGCCCCUACCAUGUGUGUAUUUAACAAAUCCCCCGAUUGCGAGCCGGGGCGAACACCACGAGUAACGGCGAGCGUUGUACGACUGUUUGCGGCACGAACUCGCCCAGUUUGGCCGGGAGCCGAUUCUUCAGAAUCACAAACUCCACCCCCUCACCAGCGGUAUCGCCGCCGCGCCCGCCGCUGCCGCCUCCCCGUAGAGUGUGUCAGUCUAAUUUAUCAUUACGGAGCGAAGGGUAACUUGUGCCAGGAAAGUUAUAUAUGUCGUCGUCGGCGGCGUUGGCGGCGGCGGGGAGCGGCACAAAGUAGAGGAAGACCGGAGCAAAGUGCCGACUUCUCUGUUUUUUUCGUUGCUGCAGCGCACGAGUUUUGUGAUUUUGUUUUAGUAUGAGGUAGGCAAAAGCAAGCGGUGCGCCAGCACUCUAGUCUAGUGCGUCUCCGGGGAUAUCCAGUCGCCGAGAAUACGGGGUGUGCGGUAUACCGAUAUGCCGUUGGUAGUGCGAAUAAUCGUAUACUAUUGGUGUGAAUAAGCUAAAUAAGCACAACAACAUGCAGAAAGCAGGAUAGCACUAAGAGCAAAUUGGGUACAAUUUUAUGACGAUCAUAUUUAUUUUUCUUUGAAUUGGGCAAAAGAAAACGUGGGCUUGGCUUCACUUCUUUGUGCAACACUUGAAAAUGUAGUUUAGGUACACUGUCAAAACAGCUGGCAUACAAAGUAAAGUUAUUUUGCACUUCGCUUUAACUUAGCAUGCAGGUUCACAUGUGCCCAGUUCUAAAAAUAUUAAAAUUGUUCUAUGAGAUUAUACCUUAUUUGUUCUUACUUAGAACUACAGAACUUUAGUUCUACGUGUUAUCCUUAGCCAGGAUUUAAAAGUCUCUAAACUAGAAAAACGCGUUGAGAAUGGCUUGUUAGGAUAAAAGAUAACGAAAAGUUUCAUUGAAUGCCUUCCUUUGAAGUUGAAUAGUAUUUUAACUGUAACAUCUCUGUACGUAUAUGCUUUGCAUGUAUUCCUGGCCAUGAAAAACCUCCGAACUUCUACCUCUCGUUCAUACUAAACUGGGACUACGAAGCUAAAAACUUCAUUCAAGAUAUGAGUUAUGACAUUUUAUCAUAUUCAGACCAGUCUAUCCUAUGUCUUAUGUGAAUUACCUGACACAUAUUUUUAUAACGGUCUCAAUGUGUAAAUUCUACAAAUGUUUUCGCCUCCUUUAAUCAAAAAUAUAUUUUAUUAAAUUUUAGAAUUGUACUUCAAGGUAUUAAUCUGUGCAUCUAACACAUUGUUUAUAUUGUUUUUUCUGUGAUCUUAUGUAAUGUAAUGACCUCUCUUGUACAAUGCAAGAAAAUAAAAUGGAUUAUGAUUUCUGAAACCUUGUAGCUGGAAACUUUCCACAAAACAAAGUUCUGCUUGUUGUUGUGCUUUAUUCACACCGGGAGAAUAUGACUAUUCGCACUACCGGCAGAGCGGUAUACCGAACACCCGUAUUCUUAGGACGACUGGAUAGCCCCUCCGCAAGGAUAGCGCGAGAGUCGUGUCUCCCAAAAGUAGGAUGAUUUGCGUCGGGUGCGGGAGUUUCCUCCUUCUGAAACAGUGCGCUCGCUCCGCCUCGGCCGCCGCCGCCGCCUAAACCGGUCAGACCGGAAUAUUCCGUACAGGUCCGUCCGCGCGGCUGGGACUGUACAGUUUCGUUCGCGCGGCUGGGACUGUACUUUGGUAGCCGCCACAUACUCCGGACGCUGGGACUUGGGCGGGGCCGGCCCGGCCGAGCGCAAAGGUCAGUCAGUCCGACUAACUCUGUCGCGCUCGCGCUGUGUCGUUCGUUGUGGGCCGCAGACGCUCGGCGUAGAAGGUUCUAGCUCCUCUGACUCUCGUUUGCCUGUCGUCGAUGGACUCGAGCACCAUGCUCCUUGAUCAGCUGCCGGAGGACUUGCUGGCCGCCGUCAUGUCGCACCUGCGCUUGGAGGACGUGCUGGCCCUCCGCCUCAUGUGCAGGAGGCUGGCGGGCCUGGCCCAGCACCCCGACGUGUGGCGGCACCGAACCCUUGCCGUGUACGGCGGUCCCGGAUCGUGCCCGCUGCUGCGGCUGGCGCCGUGCGCGCGCGAGGUUUCGACCGUCGUCCCGAUGGAACCGGCGUGUCGCCACGGCGACCUGCGGACGACCUCGUGCGCCGCCAGAGCGCUGUCGAUCACCAUGGGGGACACCUUGGAGGAGUGCGGGCCGGAGGAGGUCGCGGACACCGUCCAGAUCGUCAAGCAGCAGGAGGCGCUCGGCCGGCUGCGAGCCGUGAGUUUACACUUCCUGGGCGGCUUCCUCGCCGAAGAGACCGCCGACUCGCUGCUGGGGGCGCUGGCUUCCACCCGCGGCCUCGAGAAGGUCACGCUGAGAGUUGGAAGCAGGUGCUGCUGGCAAGUCGUGCCCGCAACCGGUCAGCGCGGUGCCUGGGCGCCGUCCCUGAAGAGCUUCACGUGCGAUAUCCAGCCGUGGACAGUCGCCUUCUGCAACUACAUGCUGGCCGGGCACGCUGCCACCCUUGAGGCCGUCGACUUCGAGGACCACGACAUCUGCCCCGUCGACGCCACCCUCUCGCCGUUGCGCCUGCUGGCCGGCAUGCCCAACCUCCGCCAGCUGACCUGCCGUAUGAUGAACGGGCUGGGGGAGGUGGCCGCGUGCGAGUCGCUGCGGGCGCUGAAGCUCACCGUGCAGCCCGUCAGUGACGACAACAGCCCCGGGGCCCUGGAGCUCCUCCGUAGCGCCCACCAGCUCCGAUCCCUCCAUCUCUUCUUUCCCUAUGACGAUGCUGAAGAAGAUGAUGAUGGUGUUGGUGGUGGUGGUGGUGAGUUCGGUGCCGACCUGAUCAGGGCCCUCGCGUCGUCCGGGCGGUCGCAAGUGGAGGUGCUGUCCAUCGAAGUCGUGGGAUCGGCUCCUCAGCGUCCCCUCCUGGACCAGCUGCGGUUGGCGCUGCCCUCGCUGCCGGCCCUGCGACGGCUCGUCGUGGACCUGGACCCGGACGCGCUGCUGCGCGGCAUCACCCCCCUCACCGCCCCGUCCCUGCGGAGCCUCCAGAUACGCCUCUACGACUCGACGCAAAACGUCUGCUUUCACGCGUUACUGCACAGUGAGAAACUCGCGUCGCUCAUGUCGAGGAACCCCUUGCUGCACGUGGAGCUGCAAUACUUGACUUGCUUCCAAGACUUGUGCGACAAGUGCGUGCUCGGCUGCCACAGAGACUUGAAGAGUUUCAAAUUGGUCGGAGUUUUCGCGCACUCCAAAGACGAGUGUCCUUCCCCUGAAGACCACGCUACCAAUGGACGAUGCCGUUGGGUACACAUCAACGAUGUGGAUGUGCAACAUUGAUCAAUCAUUUUCGUAUUGUGAAACAUUCAGUAUGCAUACACAUGAUGUAAUUUAUUUUGCUCAACCUGUCAAUCAAUUAAUAAAAUGCAUAUUAUGUUCCAUUAAA